AUGCCUGUCCCCGUCACCCAGUCCAACGGCCCCAAGGCUCAGCCCUGGAAGAACGUCGUCAGGCCUGCUGAUGCCAUUGGCAACGAGUAUAUCACUCUCGGUGGUCCCGUCGCUGACCGUGAGGAUAGUGGCACUCUCUCUGGCCAGAAGAUCGACAUCUCCGCCGUCACCCUGCGGGAGGAGAGUGGCACCCUCAGCGGUUAA